AUGGAGCCGCGCGAGAUCGCCGCCGCCGCGCGAAGCUUCUCGGCGAUGGCGCGGAUCGUCGGCCCGGACCCCAAGGCAGUCAAGAUGCGCCGCCACGCCUUCCACCUCCACCAGUCGGGGUCCACCACGCUGUCGGCGUCGGCCGUCCUCCUGCCGCCGGGCGCCCUGGCGGAGCCUUUGCCGCCGCUUCUAGCCCGUAUAUGCGCGUCCCACGGCCACGCCGGGGGCGUCGCGCUCACGGCCGCGUCGCUCGUCGAGGCGUUCCUGGUCGCGGAGCAGCGCGAUAGCCCCAGCGAGGUACUGCAGCCGAGGUUAAUACCAGAGGCGCGUCUCGAUGUGCUAGUUGAGCCUGAGGAAUCAGGGGACAUCAGACAUGGAGAUUCUGGAGCUCCCCAGUGGCUUUCAGCUGAGUUACUUGCCAUGGUUGAUGUCCCAGCGUCGGCUGAUUCUGUGUUAUCCUUGUUAACAUAUGAUGGUUCACUGAUUGGAAGCUCGUCAUGGGAUGUUGGCUGGCCACUGGCCGAUGUAAAUCAGAAGCAGGUUGAAAAUGAUGCCGGAUCCUUCCUUGAGUACAAUAGGAAGAAUUUAUAUGCUGAGUCUGCUGACCCAUCAACAAUAGCCAAGUCUGCCACAAGAAUCGCUGUACUAGGAGUCUCAGCCUUAACAUCGAGUAAUGCAGGACAUAUCAACGUUCCACCGAUUCCACAGCGAGGGGACUCUUUGCUGGUAGUGGGGUCUCCCUUUGGCAUCCUGUCACCAUUCCAUUUCUUCAACAGUAUAUCAGUUGGUGCUGUUGCAAAUUGCCUACCUCCAGGUGCUGUCAGGAGCUCGCUGCUGAUGGCUGACAUCCACUGUCUUCCUGGUAUGGAAGGUGCUCCAGUGUUUGAUAAAAAUGCUUGUCUUGUGGGGAUGCUGAUGAAGCCAUUAAGACAGAGAGGCAGCAACAUACAAGUUCAGCUUGUGAUUACAUGGGAUGGAAUAUGCACUGCAUGGAGCAGAAACAAACUGGAGCAAAUUGAGCAAGCCUCAAAUGAACUACUUGAUGACAAAAGUGCAGACAGUAAAACGAUGGAAUCAUGUGGCAUGGAUAACCAUAGGAGGUUUGUCUCUAAUUUAGCCAAUGACCUUAGUCAGUAUAGCAUUCCACCUUCACUCAGAGAGGCUAUAUCCUCGGUUGUUCUUGUCACGGUUGGUGAUACAACUUGGGCUUCAGGUAUUCUCCUCAACAAGAAUGGCUUAGUUCUGACAAAUGCUCAUCUUUUGGAGCCUUGGAGAUUUGGGAGAACUUCACCUUUAGGUUUACAACAUAAAACCACCUCACUUGCUGGAGAAUAUCUCCAUGGAGAAAAUAAAUUGUUGCAGUCACAGCAUUGCAAGAUGUCCAAUGAAGAUGCUGUUAAGCAUGAGGUUUCAUUCUUUAAUUUGGGUUCCAAGAGAGAGAAGAGAAUAUCUGUUCGUUUGGAUGAUGGGGAGAAACAGACGUGGUGUAGUGCUAGUGUGGUGUUUAUCUCCAAGGGGCCGCUUGAUGUUGCCUUGCUUCAAAUGGAAAAGAUCGCGAUUGAAUUUUGUGCAAUUAGACCAGAAUUUGUUUGUCCGACAGCAGGGUCGUCUGCAUAUGUUGUUGGGCAUGGUCUUCUUGGACCUCGAUCAGGUCUAUGUUCCUCGCUUUCCUCUGGGGUUGUCUCGAAAGUUGUCCAAAUUCCAUCAGCUCAACAUUCUCAUCUGCCUAGCAAUGUGCAGACAGACAAUAUGGACCUGCCAGUAAUGCUGCAGACAACAGCGGCAGUUCAUCCUGGAUCUAGUGGUGGUGUAAUUGUCAAUUCACAUGGUCGAAUGGUUGGACUUAUAACAAGCAAUGCUAAGCAUGGCGGUGGGAGCACAAUACCUCGUCUGAAUUUUAGCAUCCCCUGCAAAUCUCUGGAAAUGGUCUUCAAGUAUGCAGCGAAUGGAGAUUACACAAUUUUGGAGCAGCUGGAUAAACCAAAUGAAUUGCUCUCAUCAGUGUGGGCACUGGCACAAGCACCAUCAUCUCUCCCAUUUCUCAGUAGCCCCCCUGGGAAGAGCGGAGAGGGGAAAGUUUCGGAGUUCUCAAAGUUUCUCGCCAAUCAGAAAGAAGGUUUGACAUCUAUAAGUGAUUUGGAGGCUUUCCUUAAACACAAGAUUCCUAGUAAAAUUUAG